AUGGUUAUUGGCAUGUGCUUUGACACGACAGCUUCCAAUACUGGAAAACUCAAUGGAGCUUGCACUCUUCUAGAAAAAGCCAUGGGACGUAAUUUAGUAUGGAUGGCUUGCCGUCAUCAUAAGUUUGAAGUGCUGCUUGCCGGUGUAUAUAGUGUUUGUCUUGGAACAUCCACUGGACCAGAAAUUUUAUUCUUCAAAAGGUUUCGUGAAAAAUGGACAGAAAUGAAUCACACACCAGAAGCCAGAUCAACCCCUUUGAUAAUUGUUUCAGAUGCAAUUAAAGCAUUCAUCAAAUGUCAACUUGAGGUCAGACAUUCUCGAGAUGGCUAUUUAGAGUUUCUACUUCUUGCUGCACAAAUAGCUGAACUGCAGGUUGAUGUAGCCAUUCGCAAACCUGGUGCACGGCACAGGGCACGAUGGAUGGCAAAAGCCAUCUACGCAUUAAAAAUUGAAAUAUUAUUCACCGUAAAUAAAACCAUUUUUAACUUAAACAGCUCGAGAAUUACAAGUUUUCUUGAUGUACAUGUUGAAAACUGGUCAGAUACUCCUUCUUUCCAAGUUACAGCAGUGUUUAUAAAGAAUCUGGUUUGUAUCAAUGACUCUGCAGAACGGGGAGUAGCGUUGGUACAACAUUUCAAUGAAACAAUCACUAAAGACGCAGAGCAGAAACAAUUUUUGCUUCAAGUAGUUGAACAGCAUAGGAAAAACUUUGCAGAAUAUAAUAGUGAACUGCUAGCAAAAAUUUGA